AUGGAUAACUGGCAGCCAUUCCGCCUCUGGCUCUCGUCGACUCUUGGGCCGGACGCUCUACGCCUACAAUGUCUGUCCUGGGCCCAAGCAAUUCUCCGCUGGUUUGAGAAACCAGAAGAGACGGUCUUCCGGCAGGCUUUUGAGUCUCACACCCACACUUGCUGCUUACGGGUAGCAGUCGAUUUACGAGUGUUCCACCUGCUGGCAGAACGCCGCACUCGCGCGAUCUCCUCAAGCGAGCUGGCAAACCUCACAGGUGCCGAGGAAGAACUGCUUCUGAGGAUAAUGCGUGUAGUGACUGCACUGGGAUAUGCACGAGAAGCAGCGGAGAGGCAGUAUCUUCCAUCCGCUCUGGGCAAUGCAUUGACGCAACCAGCAUUGGAAGCGUGCCUGGUGCACAGUCACGAGCAUGCAGCUGCUGUCAGCAUCAUUCUCCCGUCCUACCUGGCCAAAACGGACUACCGGUCUCCGCACAGCGUCAUCGAUGGUCCAUUCCAGCAUGCCCUUCACACGGACCAGACCUAUUUCGACUUCAUCCACAGCAACCCCCGCAGGAUGCAUAGCUUCAACACGUUUAUGACGGGAAACCGCAGUCUCCGGAAACACUGGACCACUUGGUUCCCCGUGCGUCAGCAGUUUCUCGAUAACUGGAGGAGCUGCUCCUCCGACGGCGAAAAGAGGAUCCUCCUGGUGGAUAUGGGUGGCGGCCGGGGCCACGAUCUGCAACGCUUUGUGAGAACGUUCCCAGAGUCACACGGCCAUCUUGUACUGCAGGAUCUCCCCGGCACGAUAGACAGCCUACCAUCACUGGACCAGUAUGGUAUCACUGCCAUGAGCCAUGACCUGUUUUGCCAACCGCAACCGGCCUUGGUAGUGGGGGCCAAAGUUUUCUAUACGCAUUUCCUGCUGCAUGAUUUCCCUGACGAGCAGUGCCGCGUCAUGUUGCAGCAUGUCGCCCGUGCAAUGACGCCUGGCUAUUCGAGGCUGCUGCUCAAUGAGGCAGUGCUGCCAGAGCGGAACUGUCCCGGUUUUUUUGCUGCAGCUGAUAUUACCAUGAUGGCCGUGUUAUCCGCCAAAAUGCGGUCUCAACGCCAGUGGAUUGACUUGGUCGAGAGCGCUGGACUGCAGGUUUUGCGGGUCUGGACAAGUCCGCACCGUGGUGAUAAUGAGGGUAUAGUGGAGGCUAUGGUUCCUGUAUGCAGCUAAAUGUGAU